UGGUGCUGCGGCAUUUGUAAAUAUAAUAAAUUAAUAAAGUUUUCCUCAAGGGAAAAUAAAAUAAAACCAUAAUAUGAUUUCGUCUGACAAGACUAUGAAUUCUUAGCCAGUGCUCUAAUAAACAUUGUCAUAAAAAAGGCACUUGUUCAAAUUAUGGCAGUCAUUAAAUGGAGGCUGAAGUGGCGAGAAAUCAUCCCAAAACUUAGGGAUUAUACAGCGUGGAAGUACAACCAACUGGCGCUGACGGCUCGCUCCCUCACAUAUAAUGAACACAUGAGUCAAAGUUAUGCUGUAGAUUUUUUAUUAGAACCUAUCUUUUGGUUUGUGGACAAUUUUGCCAGUUAUUUGGGAAGGGUGUUUGUGUUCUGUGUAACUGUAUUGACCACUGCUGUUGUGGCCAUAGCAUACUGGGUUGGGCUUCCAUACUGGUGGCAAAGAAGUCCAUACACUACUGUGUUCCUGGUCAUCUUUGGCAACUGGCUUUUGCUCAAUAUUAUUUUCCAUUACUAUAUGGGUGUGGCUACUUCCCCAGGAUAUCCUCCUCAUGGUUCAAUGAUAGCAGAAGCUGCUAGCAUUUGCAAGAAAUGUAUAUCUCCGAAGCCUCCCCGGACGCACCACUGCUCCGUGUGCGACCGCUGCGUGCUGGCCAUGGAUCACCACUGUCCGUGGCUCAACAACUGCGUGGGCUACUACAACGCGCGCCACUUCUACCUGUACAUGGCGUAUAUGGUGGCGGGCGUCGCUUUCGUCAUCAUCGCCGGGAUUGAUAUAGGAUAUCAAGUCAUAUGGGUGAAUGACACUGGUGGGAUUAUCACACACAACGACCCUGAUCUGAUCGGGCACCCAGUCCGCAUGAACCAGAGCGGAGUGUUGGUCCCAGUGAAGGUCAUCGUCGAGUACGACUCCAUCAACUCACCGCGCGAGCACGAGCUGCCCGUGCCGCCCAUCACCGAAACACAGCGCAUCGCCGCACACCCCUGGAAGCGGAAAGCUGUCGUAUUCAUGGCCUUUACCUGUGUGUCUGUAUUAUUCGCUUUAGGAACGUUAACUAUCAUGCACGGAAAGAACGUGGGUAGGGGUGAAACGAGCGUGGAAGCUCACAUUAACGCGUCCCUAAGAAAAACGCAGGGCGACUCGUUUAGGAACCCUUACGAUUUUGGCCGGAGGAAGAAUUGGAAGUUGUUCCUCGGGCUGACGCAGGGCAGAACGUUCGCGCGGCACGUGCUGCUGCCGUCUCGGCACGCGCCCGCGGGCUCGGGGCUCACGUGGCACACCGUCCACGAUACAGCAGAAGACUGGCCGUGAAUGGCUUCAAUCUGCACUUAUUCCUCAUUCAGUCUGAACUAGAAUAAUUGUCGCUCGAUAUUUUAUAAAACCUUCCUCAAACUCCAAUACGAAUCCAGCAGUAGGUAUUUAUUUACUUAACAUAAUAUAUUUAGUUGUAAAAAUUGUGCUUCCAACUUAAUGUGUUUAAUGCAAUGUAAGAUCUAAAAGAGAACCAAAAUUAAGUUGGGACUGGUACAGGUUAGUUCAGGGGAGUAACCAAUUGCGAUAUCCUAAACUGCAAAACGUAAUUCAAGACCAUGGUAUAAUAAUAUACUCCGCCUGGUACUCUCUUCCGACCACGUGACUGACACAAGCCUACGUCAUCAUGCGACAGCGCUAUAUGAUAAUAUGUAAUAGCGCUAUACAAAGUGGCAAUGUUAUUGUGACGUAGGCUUGUGUCACUCUGGGAAGAGAAGACCAUGUUUUAUUAGACUAUGUUCAAGACCAAAAAAAGUAAGACAAUGUUGCCACUGCAAUAAUUUGUUUGUAAAAUAGUAAAUUCCUUUUGAUAAAUAAUCACGCUAAGAUAAUUUAUUUAUUAGUAAUUUUUCUCCUACGAUUUAAAAAAGUACUUUUAAUCUUGUCAGAGUAGGUUCCUUUACUAGUUCGACAGAAAAUAUUAAAUUCGGAGUUCCGCAAGGAAGUAUUCUUGGUCCCACCCUUUUUACGGUUUACAUGAAUGAAGUUCUAAAUUAAACAAUUCCUAAGUCUGAAAUUCUCUGUUACGCAGACGAUACCGUUAUACUUUUUAAUGACACAUGCUGGAAGAACACAAUCGCUACUACAGAAAAGGGUAUGAAAAUUGCAUCUGACUGGUUCCGUUCCAACCUUCUAACCCUGAACUGCAAAAAAACUAAAUUCCUUUGUUUCUAUAAAACCGCCCUAUCUAAACCACUCCUUCCUCCUAUUAUAAAAAUCCAUUCAUGCACAGACUACCCUACUUCUAACUCAUGUAACUGCGAUUCCAUUCAGAAUACUGAUGUUAUAAAAUAUCUUGGUCUUUUAGUUGACGAAAAACUGAACUUUAAAAACCACAUACAUAAACUCUCUGCCAGAAUAAGAAAAUCCAUUUAUAUUUUCAAAAAGCUACGUAACUCUGCCGAUGAUUCUAUACUUAAAAUGGUUUACACCGCGCUCUGUCAGUCUGUAAUUAGCUAUUGCAUCACAGUUUGGGGAAGUGCAGCAAAGACUUUUAUGCUAGAAAUUGAAAUUUCCAACCAUUGAUCUCUAUGCUCAAGCAAACGUCUUAACCGUACGUCAAUUAUUUUUAAUGAAAAUUUCUUUACACACUCACAAAUUCUUAAAAUUAUUACAUUGCUAUAGUUCUUUAAUUAAAAAACGUGUCUUUAACUUACCGAUUCCAGAAGUACGUUCCGUUUUUGGUAAACGUUUUGGUGUACGAAUCCGAGUAACCACUUACAACGCCAUGCUUAAACACUGCAACCUUAAAGACUGCACCAUCGUCGAAGCAAAGAAACUCCUAUUUAAUUUUUUACAAUCACUUAACUAUGCCGCGACAGAAGAUAUUUUAGUUAAAAUAAUUUAGGUUUAUUUUUCAUGUUUUGCCAUAGAAAUGUAUAUCUUUUUCUUACUUAUAAGUAUGUUAUAAGUUUUCAUUUUAAGUCUGUUAUAUUAUAUCAAAAACAUACCUAAGAUAUUACUGGACUUGAUUGUGUAACUUAGAUCUCUUAUUUAAACUGUAACUGGUUCCCCGCGAUACAGGCGUAGCCUAGUGCGGAGACCCCUGCCAUACUCUGUUAUGUGUUCUUUUGAUAAUAAAUUUAUUCUUAUUCUUAUAGUUACUUAUUUUUAUAUAAAUACAAGACGCGCUAGUAAAAAAUGGCAACAUUUUCUUACUUUUUUUGGUCUUGAAUUACGUUUUGCAGUAUAUAAUACUAUAUAUUGCGAAGUAGGUGCAGUUUUUGGGCCCAGUUGGUAUGAAUAGAUCUGUAGUUCAGGGAUUCAGACUGUUAAUCGGAUCGAGGAACUGACAUAGUACGAUAUUUUUAGGUAUAUGGAAAAAUAACACAGUCCUGAGUUUAUAAAUACAUACGUGGUUAGAUCUCUUGUAAAAAAGUAUUUAAAAUAUUAAAUUUAAUAUUUUAAAUAUUACUUUUUUACAAGAGAUCUAAGUAUUUAUACUUGUUGUACCCUCGCCGACACAUUAAUUUGAUCAUUGUAAACCUUACUGUGAAAAAUAAAAUAAGCUCAAUAAUUUACAGGUCGUUUUACGAAAGCUGGCACGAAUGGAAUGAACGAAACUUUCAUUGUAUGAGUCACACAUGUAUCGGUAUACAGUCAGAGCCGUCAUACACACAUAGAUAUUUUCAUUACUCAUUCGUGCCAGCUCUUGUGAAUUGACCUGUACAAAGUAUGAUGCUGUUAUUGCAAAAUGUAAAGUCCAAUCUAUAAAUCUAUUAUUUGUUGCAGAUUUACUGCAGGUAGUUUUGUAAGUAAUUAUUUUUUAUUUAUUUCUGAUUUCUGAUGUGCUUUAGUUUUAUAUCCGUUUAAUAUAAAUGAUUAUGCUUUCAAGAAGGCGUUGGCGUGAUGAAGGGCGGAAAAAUUGUUAAACUAAUCCUCGUUUUUUUUAGCAUUAGAAAAAGAGUAAUUAAUAAUAUCCAUCUAAUCUUUACGUGUUUUUUUUAUUGAAAAUAAAAUAGUAAGACUAAUAUAGUUUAUUUUGCUCGGGGCAAGACAAACAGUAUGAGGAUUUUAUUAUGAAACUAAAAGAAUGUAAAUGAAUAUAAUAAUUAUUACAUAAUUUUAAUGUUUAACAAGCAGAAACGUCUGCUAACGAUGCUACUAAGCUUAGAAUAAAUUUAAAAGUGGAAAAAUUACUGUCUUGGGUGGGACUUGAACUCACGGCCUCUGGAUCGAUACUCCAGCGCUCUAUUACAUAUUUGCUGUGACUUAUUUUUCAAUUGUUUUUCAAUAAAAAGACACGUCAAAGAUUGCCCUUGUUUACCCUUUUUCUAAUGUUAGAAAAAAUGAAGUAUGUAUAAAUAGAUGUUUGGCCUAGUUUUGGAAACUGAUGUUUUUGCUUAGUUAAAGACUCCCAUUCAUCUAAGUAUUCCUUUAUAAGCUUCCAUAUAAUUUUAUUUAUGUAUAUUUAUGUAUGAUAAUUUAAAGUACCUAAGCAGAAAUAAGUGCAAGUUUGACUCACACAACGGCGGUACUACGACACGAUACUCAUUUGUACCUAAAGUAUUAAGUAAAUAAGUAUAUAAAUACAGAUAACAUCCAGAAAAGCGUUUUUGUAUGACGAUUCCUGUUAUUUUUAUUUAUUUAUUACUACCUUCGAGCAACACCGGCGGCUUCCGACACAUCGGAAGGGAGGGGCCCAAGCGAUAUCUCACCGUACAAAUCUUUCUGCCAUUUUUCGCGGGGGGAAAGGUGCACACAGUCGCACUUCUCACACACUUACAUACAAAAUCCAAUCUGUAAUGACGACACAAAUACAUAGAAAAUGACACACGUCAAAGACAAAUCUUGCAAACCUCGAUCUCUUUUUGUGUACGGACGAGUGACAAGUGUCACAACACGCACACUAACACAUUUUCGUUGAAGUAUGUUAUUGUAUUCUGAGAGAUGAGAAGUCGGAUUUGUUGCUCGACUGAUCCGCAAUUUGUACUGAGCGAGCAAAAUCGAUAAAUCCAACAAUUACAUGAGACUAAAAUAUAAUAAUUGUGUUUGAAUGUAAUUAAACGUAUGAUAUGUAAAAAACAAAAUUACAUGUGAAAUGUAACACUUUCUUUUUGUAAAUUUGAUGUCUCCGACCUCUUUUUAUAACAAAAAACCGAGAAAACAGGCAUUUUUGUGCAGCAGUGUUCACGCGCGCGUGUGGACUCGGUCUGGUGAAAAAUCCAAGUGCAACUAGUUUUAUUACCCGCGCUAGAUUAGAUUGACGCGCUAAUCUUGUACCUCGGCAGAGGGGAAAUAGUGCGAAUGCCGCCUCCCUUCGAAGAUUACUACACCUUAU